GCCCAGAAAUGCAGAAUUGCCAAAAGAAAAAGCCCUAAAAGGCAAGGGUACUUAAGAGAAAACAAAGGUGAAUUCCAGGCAUGAGCCUUCCAGUGGGUAGGGGGACUUCCCCGCCCCUUGGGCUCCCAGGUGCGCCGCCCGCGCCGCCCACCCGGCGCCAGGCGAGGGGAGCCGCGCUAGGACCCGAGGAGGAAGCUCUGCUGGGAGACUGACUGGGCCUCCGGCGGGUGCUGCCGCGAGCGGCCGGCGGAGGGGCUGGAAAUGAAAGUGCAGCGCUCCGGAGCCACAUGGACGGAGCUGCCGGGGCGGCGGCGCCGGGAGCAGGAUGCGGCCGCCCGUAAUUAAAUAGCAUUUACUCUUAUUAUUACUAAUAAUAAUAACGUAAUCAUACCUCUAGUCAUAGCAUACCAUUUAUCGGGCUCGGCGCAGGCCCGCGGGGAGCGCAGCCGGGCCGAGAGACUGAUGGAGAGGCAGAGACGGAAGGCGGACAUCGAGAAGGGGCUCCAGUUCAUUCAGUCAACACUACCCCUAAAGCAAGAAGAAUAUGAGGCUUUCCUGCUCAAGCUGGUGCAGAAUCUGUUUGCUGAGGGCAAUGACCUGUUCCGUGAGAAGGACUACAAGCAGGCUCUGGUGCAGUACAUGGAGGGGCUGAACGUGGCCGACUACGCGGCCUCCGACCAGGUGACCCUGCCCCGGGAGCUGCUGUGCAAGCUGCAUGUCAACAGGGCCGCCUGCUACUUCACCAUGGGCCUGUAUGAGAAGGCGCUGGAGGACAGUGAGAAGGCGCUGGGCCUGGACGGCGAGAACAUCCGGGCGUUGUUCCGCAAGGCGCGUGCCCUCAACGAGCUGGGACGCCACAAGGAGGCCUAUGAGUGCAGCAGCCGCUGCUCGCUCGCCCUGCCCCACGAUGAAAGUGUAACUCAGCUUGGUCAGGAGCUGGCUCAGAAGCUUGGACUACGAGUUCGGAAGGCGUAUAAGAGGCCCCAGGAAUUGGAAACCUUUUCUCUGCUCAGUAAUGGCACUGCGGCUGGUGUGGCAGAUCAGGGAACUUCCAAUGGAUUGGGGUCCAUAGAUGACAUUGAAACAGACUGCUACGUGGACCUGCGAGGCUCCCCAGCCCCCCUCCCCUCUACCCCUAUGAUGCCCCUGUUCCCUCACGUUCUGGACUUGCUGGCCCCCCUGGACAGCGGCAGCAGGGCCCUCCCCAGCACCGAGGGCCUGGAUGACUUCUCCGAUGGGGACGUCUUUGGUCCUGAGCUUGAUACUCUCCUGGACUCACUGUCUCUGGUCCAGGGUGGCCUGCCUGGCAGCAGUGUGCCCAGCGAGCUGCCCCAGCUGAUACCCGUGUUUCCCGGCGGGACCCCGCUGCUGCCACCCGUGGUAGGCGGCUCCAUCCCCGUCUCCAGCCCGCUGCCCCCCGCCUCCUUUGGCCUUGUCAUGGACCCCUCCAAGAAGCUGGCUGCCUCCGUGCUGGAUGCCCUCGACCCCCCGGGCUCUGCACUGGAUUCCCUGGACCUGCUGCCAUACUCAGAGACCCGGCUGGACGCCCUGGACAGCUUCGGGUCGGCCCGGGGCUCCAUGGACAAGCCCAACUCCUUCAUGGAAGAUACCAACUCACAGGACCAUCGUUCCCCGAGUGGUACUCAGAAACCAGCCCCCUCGGCUGGCCCCAGUGGCUCCAGCCAUCGUCCAGUGCCCCAGAUGGCCAACUUCCUCCUGUCACAGCCAGAGCCCUCCAUGCCCAAUACCGCCUUGCUCAUCAAGAACCCCUUGGCUGCCACCCACGAGUUCAAGCAGGCCUGCCAGCUCUGCUACCCCAAAACAGGCCCCAGGGCAGGUGACUACACCUACCGAGAGGGCCUUGAGCACAAGUGCAAGCGGGACAUCCUGCUUGGCCGGCUCCGGAGCUCAGAGGACCAGACCUGGAAGCGAAUCCGGCCCCGGCCCACCAAGACCAGCUUCGUGGGGUCCUACUACUUGUGCAAAGACAUGAUUAACAAGCAGGACUGUAAGUACGGGGAUAACUGCACCUUCGCCUACCAUCAGGAGGAGAUCGACGUGUGGACCGAGGAGCGGAAAGGCACCCUCAACCGCGACCUGCUCUUUGACCCGCUGGGGGGCGUCAAGCGUGGCAGCCUCACCAUUGCCAAGCUCCUUAAGGAGCACCAAGGCAUCUUCACUUUCCUCUGCGAGAUCUGCUUUGACAGUAAGCCCCGGAUCAUCAGCAAAGGCACCAAGGACUCUCCGUCUGUCUGCUCCAAUCUGGCUGCCAAGCACAGCUUUUACAACAACAAGUGCCUGGUGCACAUUGUCCGCUCCACCUCCCUCAAGUACUCUAAGAUCCGCCAGUUCCAGGAGCACUUCCAAUUCGACGUGUGCCGUCAUGAGGUCCGCUACGGCUGCCUGCGGGAAGACAGCUGCCACUUCGCCCACAGCUUCAUCGAGCUCAAAGUCUGGCUGCUGCAGCAGUACUCAGGCAUGACCCAUGAAGACAUUGUCCAGGAAUCUAAGAAAUACUGGCAGCAGAUGGAGGCCCACGCCGGAAAGGCCAGCAGCGGCUUGGGUGCCCCACGGGCUCACGGGCCCAGCACCUUUGACCUGCAGAUGAAGUUUGUGUGCGGCCAGUGCUGGAGAAAUGGGCAGGUGGUGGAGCCUGACAAAGACCUCAAGUACUGCAGUGCCAAGGCCCGGCACUGCUGGACCAAGGAGCGGCGGGUCCUUCUGGUGAUGUCCAAGGCCAAGAGGAAAUGGGUGUCAGUGAGGCCACUGCCAUCCAUUCGCAACUUCCCACAGCAAUACGAUCUCUGCAUCCACGCGCAGAAUGGCCGCAAGUGCCAGUACGUGGGGAACUGCUCCUUCGCACACAGCCCAGAAGAGCGGGACAUGUGGACGUUCAUGAAGGACAAUAAGAUCCUGGACAUGCAGCAGACCUAUGACAUGUGGCUAAAGAAACACAACCCAGGGAAGCCGGGGGAAGGGACCCCAAUCAGUUCCCGGGAAGGGGAGAAGCAGAUCCAGAUGCCCACAGACUACGCCGACAUCAUGAUGGGCUACCACUGCUGGCUCUGUGGCAAGAACAGCAACAGCAAGAAGCAGUGGCAGCAGCACAUCCAGUCCGAGAAGCAUAAGGAGAAGGUCUUCACAUCUGACAGCGACGCUAGCGGCUGGGCCUACCGCUUUCCCAUGGGCGAGUUCCGGCUGUGCGACAGGCUCCAAAAGGGCAAGACCUGCCCCGACGGGGACAAGUGCCGUUGCGCUCACGGGCAGGAGGAGCUCAAUGAGUGGCUGGAUCGGCGCGAAGUGCUGAAGCAGAAGCUGGCCAAGGCCCGCAAGGACAUGCUCCUGUGCCCACGGGACGACGACUUUGGCAAAUACAACUUCCUGCUGCAAGAGGACGGCGACGCCGCUGGUGCUGCCCCGGAAGUCCCUGCUGCUGCCACUGUCCCCGGGGAGUAGGGCCAGGUUUGGGUCAUGGGAGAAGUCCUAGGGUCAGGGGGCGGGGCGAGGACAGAGGGCCUGGUGGAAGGGCCAGGGCUGGGGGUGGGGGGCCGCCCUCACCAGGCAGCUCCCCGCCCCGGGGGCCCCACCCAUCCCGUGUGCCCCCACUGGCCCCGUGUGCAAGCCCAGGUGCACAUGCUGCAGUCCAGGGGGUCCCAGGGUCCUCGUCCUGCUGAAACCCUGGGCAGCCCCUCCGCACCCCCCUGCUCUCCUGGUUGGGGAAGGAGGGGUCUGGCUGACCCCUCUAGCUUCAGCUACAGCUUUAACUUCUGUCUGCUCCUAAAGGGGGCCCAAAGCUCAGGGCUGGGGAGCCUGGGGUCCCCACUUGAAUCUGCAGCAGGAUGGUCCUUCUCCCUGCCCUGCCCUCACCCCACCCCCACCUCCCUGGGGGCAGAUCAGGACACAACAGAGGGCAGGAGUCCCCAGUUAGCUUUAAAAUGCAGCCCCAGAAUGGAGCUGGGGACACUGUACCAUUCACUUACUCUCUGAGGCCUCAGUUUCCCCUCUGGUUGGAAGAGUGGGAGGGGCUGGACUUGAUGAUUUCUGGAGUCUGGCUCUCUAGUGAGGCCACCAGCCCAGCCCCUCUCCAUCUUGUGCCACUGACUAUAGAUUGUAGAUCCUCAGAGCCUUCGGAGAUGACCCAGCCCAAACCCCCAUUUGGCAGAUAGGAAAACAGGCCUAGAAGGGAGGAGUGGCCUGCCCAGGGUCUCCAGCCCACGGCAUGAGGUAGAGCUGGGGUGCAAACUGUGGUCAGAAGACUCAGGGCCGGUCAUCAGCCGGAGCGUCCAGGCUCUGAGCAGGGAUGUGAUAACCUCUGGAUGCAGCUGGGAUCUCAGGCAGCGCCGCCCAGGAGCUGGGGAAGGGAGGCUCGGCACCCUUGGAGGGACAGUCCCCUUCUGAGGAGCGUGUGGAGAGUGUAGCAGCAAAGGUUACUUCCCCACGCCACUCAGGGAGAGGUGAUCAUGGGCAGGGCACCCAUAGGCUCAGAUUCUGCAUGAGGGAUGGGGGAAUAGGGGUAUGACCCUGGGCACCAUGGGCCACUCCUUCUUUCUUGGGGACCCAGCUCGGUCCUUUCCAAAACCCUUUUCCCUCUAGACCUGGACAUAUAAUUAUGACCAUCUGUCCCAGUCUCUCCCUGCUCCCCGGCCCCAACAGCUGCCUAGGACCCCAGCUGACUCCCAGCCCUUGCCCCCACCCACCAAGCCCUUCUCCCAUCCCCCUCGUCUGAUGUCUGUGUGUGUCCCCUCCUCUCCAUCCCACCCCCUGUGGGCAGACCCAGCCUUCCCUGGUUCCCUACACAUUCCAGAAUGCCUCACACCAUUGGCACAAGAAGUGGGGCCCCCCCCCGGAAGGAACCGGGGUUCAAGGCUGAGUUGGGGGUGAGACGGAGAGUAUAAAUACCCCUUAUUUCUCCUCAAGCAAGGAUCGAUAGUGUGCGAUAUGAUGAUGGGCACCCCGGGCCGCAGAGAACCCUGUUCCUCUUGCUGCCACUGCCCAACCUUUCCCCAAUAACCGUGGCAUGCAUCCCUCCCCCCCCUGCUCCUUCCCCCAGCAGGCCAGCACUGCAGUUUGGAUGCUGGUGGUGUGGCUGGAGGGGAGGAGAGACCACACCCAAGGUAGGGGCCGUGGCCAUGAAUGUCAAUGACACUUGUUUUCCCUGAUCCGUGGUGUUGCAGUCUGUCGUCACCAGCCUUGUUUUUAGUGUGUAUAUAUGUCGCCCCCGUGAUGCAUAUAUACACAGGUAUUAAAUAUAUCGCUCUAUAUAAUAUUAUAUAUGUGUGUGGUAUCCAAUGAAUCACUUCUAAUGAGGGCUAAAGAUAAAGAAUUUGGCCAGAAAAAUGCAGCCAUCCUGGUGUAAUUAGGAGGGGUUUUCGGAGUCAUCAAGUCAUUUGUGAGGCUUUAGGGACUGUAGCCAUGGUCAGAGGUGAUUGGGGCAGCAGGGGCAGAAGCCCCGCCUGGGCCCAGCUCUGCCUGGUAGCUUCCAGACCACCCCAGACUAGUGGGGAGAGAGCCAGAGUGCUCAAGGAAAAACAACGAUUGGCAUUUGUCUCCCAGAUUAGAGCGCAGGUUUUUUCUUAUCCUGUUAUCUGACCAGGGGCCCUUAGGGUCUGGGCCUUCCUGGCCUGGCCAGAGCUGGAUCCCCGAGCAAGAGGUGGCCGGAGGUGAUGGAGGGUGGGGGUGGGGGACAGGGGGACACUUCGAAUGGUGAGGGUGAUUAUUUCAGCUGUGACUCUGACCAGGAGUCUCAGAGUGGAGUUGGGCCUGUGCCCACUGCCAUCAGGCAGGGCCAAGAUGUCAUGGGGAACAUAGUGAGGGGGACAGGGGCCCCUAAUGUGAGUUGAGCGUCCCUUGCCCUUUGGAGUGGGACAGAGAGGGUUGCUGCAUUUCUUAGCUGGGCAGUAAUCAAUUUAAGGCUCCUUUUAAAAUGUCUGUGUAUUAAAAUUUUAAGAAUACCACACUUUAAUAUUAAAUAUUCAUAAGGUCUAGUAUCUUGAUAAUAAUGUAGAUGUUUUAAUAACAAUUUUUGUCCUUCUUAAAAUAAAAUGAAAGAAACUUGC